CCCGAGGCCGAAGCCCGGACUCGUGGUCGACGCCGGGCGCCCAGCCUCCCCGCCAGCCAUGGCCGCACCCCGCUCUCUGGCGGCCGCUGCGCCCACGUCCGGGAAAGCCAAGCUGACGCACCCGGGGAAGGCGAUCCUGGCAGGCGGCCUGGCGGGCGGCAUCGAAAUCUGCAUCACUUUCCCUACGGAGUACGUGAAGACGCAGCUGCAGCUGGACGAGCGUUCGCACCCGCCGCGGUACCGUGGCAUUGGAGACUGCGUGCGCCAGACGGUCAGUAGCCAUGGCGUCCUGGGUCUGUACCGAGGCCUCAGCUCCCUUCUCUAUGGCUCCAUCCCCAAGGCAGCCGUCAGGUUUGGAAUGUUCGAGUUCCUCAGCAACUACAUGCGGGACGAACAGGGACGUCUGGACAGCACGCGCGGGCUACUGUGCGGCCUGGGUGCCGGCGUGGCUGAGGCAGUGGUGGUAGUGUGUCCCAUGGAAACCGUCAAGGUGAAAUUCAUCCAUGACCAGACGUCCCCCAACCCCAAGUACAAAGGAUUUUUCCACGGGGUCAGGGAGAUUGUUCGGGAGCAAGGUUUGAGGGGGACGUACCAGGGUCUCACGGCCACUGUGCUGAAGCAGGGAUCCAACCAAGCCAUUCGCUUCUUCGUUAUGACUUCCCUACGCAACUGGUACCGGGGGGACAACCCGAACAAGCCCAUGAACCCACUCAUCACUGGAGUGUUCGGGGCUAUUGCGGGUGCAGCUAGUGUCUUUGGAAACACUCCUCUGGACGUGAUCAAGACCCGGAUGCAGGGCCUGGAGGCACACAAGUAUCGGAACACGUGGGACUGCUCCCUGCAGAUCCUGAGGAAUGAAGGACUCAAGGCAUUCUACAAGGGCACCGUCCCUCGCCUAGGCCGGGUCUGCCUGGAUGUGGCUAUUGUGUUCAUCAUCUAUGAUGAGGUGGUAAAGCUGCUGAACAAAGUGUGGAAGACGGACUGAGCCCUGAGGGCCCACACUGGGGGGUGCCUCAUCACCCUCCUUUCACAAUUCCAGUGCAGUCGUGCCAAAAGGCCCCAAUCCCUGUCCCUUGAACUCUAUGGCCUGUAGCCAUUAAGUCCUCAUCCCAUAGUGCUAUGUAUCCGUGUGGUCUGUCUGCUUUGUGUCCGUGUGUCCAGCCCAGGCUGGGUUUUCCUCUGGCCUGUGACUCUGUGCCCAUUUUCCAUAUGCUUGCUCAUGAGCUGUGUGCCCGUGUUCCAUGUACCGUGCCACGUAACCAUGUGAUCUGCUUCCCAGGGUGUCCAUGUGGCCUGGAUCCACGGCCCUGUAGCCAUGGCCCGGUCCCCGCCCGGUGCCUUCCACCCUGGGCAGCAGGGUCACCUGCCCCGGCCUACCACAGCUGCCUCUGGGCCUUAGCCUGGCCUCUCCGCAUUCCAGGGGCUACAUGCCCCCUGCUUCUCCCGCCACUGGCCUUAACUGGCCCUUGGGCCCUCCCUCCGCCCGGGACAGGGUGGCAUUUGCCACUCUCAGGACCACCCUCCCAAGGCAGAAUAAACCGGAUCCUG